AUGCGCUCCUGGUUUGGACGGGGCAAAUCUCUUCAGGCGGCCGUUACGGCAUGCUGUCUCGUGGCUUUCAUUUUGUUUGGAUAUGAUCAAGGAGUCUUCAGCAGCAUCGUAACCAAUGAAGAUUGGAUGAGGCAGUUCAAUUAUCCCAAUGACUCUGAAGAGGGAAUCAUCGUCAGCUGCUAUAAUCUGGGUUGUCUUUUGGGAUGUUUCAUCAAUUUCUUCGUGGGAGAGACCCUGGGUCGUCGGAGAACGAUGUGGCUCGCAAUGGCUAUUGUUAUUGUAGGCGCAAUUUUGCAGACUACUGCGUUUACAGUGCCUCAUUUGGUGAUCGGACGACUUAUUACCGGUGCAGGGACAGGAAUUAAGACAUCUACUGUGCCCAUGUACCAAGCAGAAAUGUGCGACGGCAAAACACGAGGUCGACUCAUCUCCUCCGAGGUUCUUUUCACCGCUGUUGGCAUCUGCAUCGCAUACUGGUUUGAUUUCGGCAUGUCCUACGCUGGGGGCCCGAUUGCCUGGCGUCUUCCGAUCGCUGUCCAAAUAAUCUUCGCCAUCUUUGUCAUUGUGCUCAUUUUCGGUCUGCCGGAGUCUCCUCGCUGGCUCAUGAACCAUGGGCGAGAAGAUGAGGCCUUGGAUGUUCUCUGUGCAGUUUAUGACUUGGAAGAGCAUGACGAGUACAUCAUCAAGGAGCGCCGUGCAAUUCAGUCUGCUAUCGAAGUGGAAAGCUCUGCCAGCAAGCAGUCGAUGUGGAAGAUCUUCCGCAAUGACGAAGUCAAGACUGGCCAAAGAGUUCUUCUUGCCUGGGGAAUGCAGCUCAUGAACCAAGUUGGAGGAAUCAAUAUGAUCGUUUAUUAUGUGCCGACUGUUUUGCAAAAGAAUGUUGGGCUGACAGGAAAGCUCCCUUCGAUCUUGGGUGGAUGCAUCGAAGUCAUGUUCAUGAUAGGCUCUCUUCUUCCAGCCUUUAUGUUGGACCGUAUGGGUCGGCGACGGACAAUGAUGAUAGGAUCCUUCGGCUUGGGCGUAUGUAUGCUCAUGAUCGCAGCUCUCCUAUCGCAGGUUGACGAGCCCAACGGAAAGAAUUAUGCCUCAGCCUCAGUUGCGUUCUUCUUCUUGUAUAUGCUCAUUCAUGGCAUGUCUAUCAAUUCUGUACCUUGGGUAUAUGUCCCAGAAAUUCUACCGUUGGAAGCUCGAACCAAGGGAACAGCCAUUGGUGUCAGCUCCAACUGGCUUUGGAACUUCACUGUGGUCAUGAUCACGCCUGUCAUUAUCAACCGCAUCCAGUGGAAGGCAUACCUGAUCUUCAUGAUCACGAACUUUAUCUUCAUCCCGGUCAUCUAUUUCUUCUAUCCCGAGACCGGCAAUCUGCGUCUGGAGGAUGUUGAUUUAAUCUUCUCCCGGGGUGGAGACCCAGUGAAACAGGCACGAAUGAUGGCUGCGGAACUCAAAGCGCACGGCCAAAUUGAGUCUGAGGAGCAAAUUGACGAGAAAGAGAUUGAUGGCGUCGGAGUGGAACAUAUCUAA